GCCAUCAGCCACAAUAGUAUAUAAGUUUCUCAUCCGCAUUCGGCUCCUCUCCUCAGUCACCCGAAUGUUUUGUUAAUAAUCUUGAAUAUUAGAUCAUCUAAUAAUCAUUCUAACACCCAACAAUGACCACGAUAAAGGUGCACGGUGGGAUUGACAUUCUCCGGCUGCCUGUCAACGAGGAAGAGCAUAUUUUUCCACCCUGGCAGAUUAAAUACACUCAGUCCCAUAUUUUACACUCCAAGUGUUCGAAAAAUGAAGAGUCCUGCGGAGAAGACCCAGAACCUUGUCAAUUCUGUGUAUACAAUAGAGCCUUGGAAAUGCCCCACAUGCCAGACAUGGUAUUUCCAAAUAACAUUUUGUACCUAAAACACCAAAAUGGUGCUAAAAUUGAGUUCAAUGCACUGGAUGCAUUGAAACGUGUGUCGAAUGGGAAAAUACAUCUUCAGUUGGCUUGUGCUGAGGCUUGGAAGGAAUCGAGGUCUGAUUGUAAAGAAUAUCUAGAGGAAAAAGUGAAGCCUUUCGACUGGACAUUCACCACUGACUACACAGGUACAAUGGACGGUGUGACGAUUGAAGAAACCAAGGAGAAGAUUGACAUGGAGAAAUUGAAACGAAAGGAGAAGAUUCUGUUUUAUCACGAGCUCACACUCUUCGAGGACGAACUGCACGACAAUGGGAUAGGCUCUCUCUCAGUGAAAAUACGUGUCAUGCCUGGCAGUUUCUUUAUCCUUUUGCGUUAUUUCCUGAGGAUAGAUAACGUAAUGCUCAGGAUAAAUGACACUAGACUCUAUCACGAAUUCGGGAAGAACUAUAUCCUGAGGGAAUAUACGUCUAGGGAAGCGCAAGUGAAGGAUAUUCAUGUAUCACCAACGCUUUUCAUCGAGCCUAGUCACAUCGCCCCUCACUUACCCCUGACCCAAAGUCAUUAUCACAAGCUCAUACUUCCAGAGAAACCUAAAGCCUCUGCGGAUAAUAAAAAAAAUGAAUCGAUAAAUUCAACGUCUGAAAAUUCGGAAGCCACUUCUUCUGAAGUAUCCGAUGACAAAUCAAUUAAUAAUUCAAUAACGUAGAGCUAUUUUUUAAAUAUACAAUUACUAUAAUAAUGAAUGCAUCAUGAAUGAAACGUGGACGUAGGUAUAGGCACCACCGAGAAAUAUGAAAUAAAGAGAUAUGAAUUCCGAAUCAGCAAUG